AUGAAUACAAGAGCGUCGUCGGCCACGGGUCUCAGCAAAGAUGGUCAGGGGAUUCCUGAUAAGGCAAUACUCAACUCGCGAUCAAUCAGAGACAGGGUGAAGUGGGACUGGUUAAAUAAUGGUCCUACUCAACUCCCUGACAUGAAGUGGUCAGGCAAAAACGAUACAGAAAUUUUCUGGCAGUGGUACACCACACUGCUAGGAUUCCUCACAUCACAAGGAUAUAGAGGUGCACACUACGAUGAAAUCCAUCUGGAUUGUCUCAUUGGUGGAUUGGCAGAGCCUGCACUCUCACACGGACUAAAACUCCGUGAAGAAGCCCUCCUUAGAGAUAAAGGGGGGAAAUUUCUUGAAGUUCUCGAUACUCUAAUGAGGACAUAUAUCAAGGAGCCCACCACAUUGAAGGUGACGGAAAAAUACUGCAAUGUAAAGUACAAUGCAGGAAAAGGACCCAGACAGUCCUACCCAGAACCAUCGCUUAAUGCUAGGUUUCUGGAAAACAUCCUCCCUGAAUGCAAGGAGGAAAUAAUCAAAAUGGGAUUCUCCUCUUUCGAGGAGAUGUUCAGAACAACAUCUCGCAUGGAUGAGAUGAAAAACAGGCUGAGGAUAGCUCCAGCCUACAGGCCAGAAUGCUAUGCCAGACCUGAAACCACCGCAACCACAAAUCGCGAAAAGCCCAACCAGGUGGGAAAGGAGAAACACGCAGAGGCAAGAGCCGAUGUGCAAGACCCUAAACCCAAAUGGAAAGGCGAAUCCUCCCUGAAGCAGUCAGGGAACACUGACCAAAGGCCGGUACAAGUACGCAAUAAUUGCGGAAUACCAGAGCAGGCAAAGAGCCACCCUGAGCACCAGUUAGUAGGAGACAGAAACCCAAGGCACAGGAUCGCCAGGGAAGUCAACUACAAAACAGAAGGUGAAGUUGGAGACGACUCCGACGAAGAAGAACCAGAGAAUAUCUCUGGUGAUUUCAAAGUGGAGGACACCUCCAAUGACUUUGAACCAGAGGACCCAAACAAGGGACCUCACUACUCGCCCAGAAGAAAGGGUGAGGACAUCAGCAUUGGGACCACAAUAAUGGCCCCAAGAUCCGACGUCAUUGAGAACAAUGACGAAAAAAAUACACUAAAACUGGCGAUAAGCCAGACCAAAAAAAGAACUACCAACUCUUUGGUGACGACACUGUCAGGGCCCGGCCCUCGUUCCGUGACGGGCCCAAGGGGAUCCUCUGAGUCGCUGGGGUAUCUAGUCCCAGUCCGAGGUCUUCAAACUCACUGA